CUGAUUAACAAUGUUAGGGAUCCAAACAAAAACCCAAUGCAGGGAAGAGUUCUUCAGGUGCGCCGCAGCCGCGCCGCGGGAAACCGCAGUCGCGCCGCGGCUGGAGAGUUUUUGUUAAUUUUUCUGUUCUGAUUUUUUCUGUUGCUUUGUCAUUUGUUGUGAUAAUUGCAGAUGAAUCCUGCCAAGAGAGUACGCACCAAGUCCACAAGCUCUGGUCCUAGAGGAUCCCGUGCUACUGCAAACCAAGCUGAUAGAUUUCUAGGUCGGGCCCAAGCAGACAGGUUCAAGAAUCUGGGUUCCCGCACCAUUUUAACUGAGAAAGUGGUUGUCCCCUUAGGACAAGGAGGGGGUCCUUAUGCUGCUAUGUGGGAUUUUCUUGAGAAUAGGAACUGGCAACGUGUGUUCGAACCACACACCGUCAUUGACUAUGACAUAGUAAAGGAAUUCUAUGCAAACGCUAUCAAAACCACCGAUGAAUCAGUAGCCUACACAUAUCAAUCCUAUGGAGAGGACCAGAGCUUAGCCGGCAAGGAAAUCCAACACACUACAACAGGAAGGAUCUGAGCAUUCAUGCAAGGGGCAUUUUAUCUGUGAUCCUGUACAACAUCAAGCCAAGGACACAUGUUACCACGGUUCCGCUCGAAUUGGCAUUCCUGAUAACCGCCAUCAUGACCGA